UCCUCCCUUCUAGCUGACACAAAGAAAGGAAAAGUUCAUUCUGCAUGAUACAGUUAGCAAACUGUAUACAGUACUUGCAACAUCACCUGUGUCUGUUUAACCGCUGCACACAGACUGCUGUGGGAAGGAAGGAAGACAAGAGGCAAAACAUCACAAUGCUCUUAAUUAACCAGCUCCUUGUCAGCAUCAAUGGACUGGUGUUAGGCUUCCUGCUUCUGAUGCUGAUCCUGCUCUUCUUCAACCGAAGAAGGAGAAAGGCUGGAGAGCCCCCUUUAGACAAUGGUUUGAUUCCUUAUGUUGGGUGGGCAUUGCAGUUUGGUAAAGACCCUUUAAAAUUCUUGAAGUCUCAACAAAAGAAACACGGAGACAUCUUUACAUCCCAUAUUGCUGGCAAAUAUAUUACUUUCAUCAUGGAUCCGACCCAGUUUCAGUAUGUCAUUAAGCAAGCCAAGCAUCUUGACUUCCGUGAGUUUGCUAAUGAAAUGGCUUCCAGAACUUUCGACUACCCACGCAUAACAGAAGCAAAGUUCCCUCAGCUACGAGACAAUAUGCACAGAAUAUAUAAAAUCAUGCAGGGUAGGGCAUUGGACAAACUCACUGACAGCAUGAUGGGAAAUCUACAACAUGUAUUCAAAUGGAAAUUCUCACAAGCAACAGAUUGGAAAAUAGAAAAAAUGUACCAGUUCUGCUGUGGUAUUAUAUUUGAAGCCAGUUUUAUGACACUCUAUGGAAAAGAUCCUGUUGCAGAUGGUCACAAACUUAUUAGCGAAAUCAGAGAAAAUUUUACAAAGUUUGAUGCCAAGUUCCCCUAUCUUGUCAUAAACAUACCAAUUUCGUUGCUAGGAGCUACCAGGAAGGUUCGUGAAGAACUGAUACAUAUUUUCUUCCCUAAUAAAAUGGCAAAAAGAUCGGAAGUUUCAGAACUUAUCCAAACCAGAAAGAAUUUGCUCGAUCAGUAUGAUGUGCUUCAGGACCAUGACAGAGCAGCACAUCAUUUUGCCUUCCUUUGGGCCUCUGUGGGGAACACGAUUCCAGCAGCAUUUUGGGCUAUGUAUUACCUUGUGAGGCACCCAGAAGCACUUGCUGCAGUGCGUGAUGAACUUGACCAUUUGCUGCAGUCAACAGGUCGAAAAAGAGGUCCCAACUAUGACCUCCAUAUCACCAGAGACCAGUUGGACAGCCUGGUCUUACUAGGCAGUGCUAUAAAUGAGUCCUUGCGAUUGUGCUCUGCUUCUAUGAAUAUUCGUGUGGUCCAGGAGGAUUUUGUUUUGGAGCUGGAGGGUGAUCAGGCAUAUAAUCUGAGGAAAGGAGAUUUUGUUGCCAUCUACCCACCAACUUUGCACAAAGACCCUGAGGUCUAUGAUGAUCCCGAGGUUUUUAAGUAUGACCGUUAUGUUGAAGAUGAAAAAGAGAAAACAACCUUCUUCAAAAAAGGCAAAAAACUCAAGCAUUACCUCAUGCCAUUCGGCUCAGGAGCUACCAUAUGCCCUGGUCGGUUCUUUGCUGUAAAUGAGAUAAAACAAUUUCUUGCUGUGAUAUUACUGUAUGUGGAUAUGGAAAUGGUUGAAAACAAAAUUAUUGGCCAGGAUAAUAGUCGCACAGGACUUGGUAUUCUGUUGCCCAAUUCUGAUAUAAAGUUUCGUUAUAAGCCACGGAAGUUUGACUUGUGAAGGUAUCUUAUUUUACAUUUCUUUUGUGGCUUUUCAACAAAUCUUUACCCUAUAUCAUACAAAUGUAUCAAGUUUAGUGAAAAUCAAGUUAUACUACUAUUAACCAAUGAACCCGGGAUAUUAAUUUAUAAUACUUUGGAAAUUUCAUAAUGAUCCAAACUUUCAGAAACAUUCAGUCUGUGCACACCUCCCCCUCCAAAAAAAAACAACAACCCUACAGCCAUUACAGAAAAAGUAGUAAACCAUAUAAUAUAUGUUUAUAUAUAGUUAAUACAGUGACUUUUUGUUCUGGCUGGGUCAUGCUAAAGGUAAAAUUACUCAACUCUUAAAAUGGAAAAUGCCAUGAAAAAUUACUUGACUUGAGAAAUAAAUACAAUGAGAUAUAAUGGUUUGUUCCAAAAUGGCGGAAAAAAAAUUAAUUACAAAAAAAGUCAAGCAAGCUGUGACUACAGUUGAUUUGGAGGAUUUUUCAAGUCCCCUAUCUUGUAAUUCAGUGUUUAACUACAAGUUAUUGUUUAGUGAAAUAAUCCCAUGGAGCAGCAUUAGCGGGAAAAAUGUUUUGUUUGUGUGGAAAAGGCCCAUAGAUAUUUGCUAUUUAUUAAUUUUACAUAUAUAGAUAUGUUCAUGUCAGGCAUUCUGCAUCUAUCAAAAUGCCAUGCUAU